AGACAAAGAUGACCUACAUCAGUAUCUGGAAUGUAUCUCUGACUCAACUACACUAUAGUAUGAGGCAAUUUAACCUUUACCCCCGUCUCAUGAUGAGAUGAGCUGGCACCGGAAGUAGGAAGUAACUAGCUAGGAAGUCUUCAAGAAUGCAUUUUGCUAAUUAGCGCUCAAGCGAACUACGCGUCGUUUCUGUUUUGAAAUACCUCAGCGGUCGAGAUCCCUAUAGGAAGACCAGUCUCCGUGCAUCCAAUAAUUGAGGUGUUGUAGAAUCUUAUCUGAUCAACAUGAGUCUACAGUGGACGGCCGUGGCCACAUUCCUUUAUGCGGAGGUCUUCUUUGUGUUGCUUCUGUGUGUGCCCUUCAUCUCCCCUAAGAGAUGGAGUAAGAUCUUCAAAUCUCGUCUGGUUCAAACAAUCGCAUAUUAUGGAAACACCUCCUUCAUUGUAGCCAUUGCCAUUCUAGUUUUCUUACUAAUUGAUGCGUUCAGGGAGGUGCGAAAGUACAGUGUUACUGAGAAGGUGGACCUGACCAACAACCCAGUGGCUGUAGAUCACAUUCACAUGAAGCUGUUCAGGGCCCAGAGGAAUGAGUACAUUGCUGGCUUCGCCCUGCUCCUGUGUGUGUUGCUGAGGCGACUGGCAACCCUGCUCUCUCAGCAGGCCACUUUGAUGGCUUCCAACGAGGCCUUCAAGAAGCAAGCCGAGGGGGCCAGUGAUGCUGCCAAGAAGUACAUGCAGGAGAAUGAGGAACUGCAGGCGAAACUAAAGGAUGCCGGCGUCGCUGUCCCAGAAGUGGGCAAGAAGCCAUCUGGAGUUGGAGUGCAGGAGGAGAACAAGACGUUGAAGGCAGAGGUGCGCUCUCUGAAGGAUGAGCUGGAAGCCACAAAGAAAGUCCUCCUGAAGUCUGACGGUGACGUGAAGGCAAUGAAGAAGCAGGCUGAGAACCUGACUGUGGAGUAUGACCGCCUGCUCAAUGAACAUUCCAAGCUGCAGGCAAGCAGUGAUGCUCAAUCGCAGGGCAAAAAGUCCAACUGAUCGGGAGAGGAGUGUUGACGUGCUCGUACCAUCCGCCGUCAAUAACAGCCACCCACCACCACCACUGCUUUACACAGGAAGUCACUAGGUGCUGAAUGUGAGACCUGCUGGAGGAGGAUCUGGUUUAUCUGCCUUUAAAGCCUCGCUACUCUGUUGUGGCGCACAAUGGAUAGCAAUGUUUUUUUGUAUGGUUUGCCUCCAUUUGUGAAACCACCAUGUACUUUAUACCUGUACUUAGCCAUUUUCAUUCCAUUUGAAAUUAAAUGAACAAAUUGCACAUCUGAACAGAUGAUCCUCUGCCUCUUUGUAUUUGAGACGGCUAUGUCCCCUGUUGGUAGUCUGAUUUUACUACUUUAGUUGUUCAACCAAUGCAUCUAUUCUGAGGGGACCAGGUAAGUGGUCCAUGUCACAAAUAUUCAGAUAUCUGAAAGAAAAUGUAGUUGCGAGUCACCUUUUGGACUUACUGUAAGGUGUGGUUUAACUUCUUAUUCCAUGAAUGUCACUAUUCCUAUUUGUCAGUUCUUUGUUCUUGUUUCAAAUAUAAUCUGCGUGUUGCCUGUUACUCAGUAGGCCUGUGAGGCAGACCCUACUGUCAUUUAGGGCAUCAUAUUGUAUGGGUGGGAAUCUGCAUAUGCUCAUUUGAUGGAAAGCAGUUCAUUUUCACUCCAGUAAUUAGGCCCAUUUCAUACUUUUGGCUGAACAAAUCUGUGAUUUGGCAUAUCCUGUGUUCUCUGAAGCCCUUAUCCUCUUGCUUUGUUUGAAAAUUAAUAAGUUCCUUUUACCUCGUCUGACUGCACACUUCUGUAUCGGACAAGUGCCUCAGGCACAUGGUGUGACGAACUUGUCUCAGGCACAUGGUGAUUUGAACACUCAAAUCACUAAGCCUGCAUAACCUGAUAUGAGACGAGCUGUAUUGGAAUGUAGGGCUUCAUGGCGUCCUUCCAUUUGAAGUCAAUUUGCUUCUAAUCUCAUUGGUUGAGAGAGCAUUUAAAAACACGGUUGGUUGUCUUUCAAAUGUUAUUAGACACGAUGUAGUCUUUAAAUUCUGAUAUUUGAAAACAUGUUGGAAAUUUGUUUAUUAAACUUCUUUGCGAUCUCACACCCUGUCUGUUCUUUCCUGUUUUCCCACUUGCUGAUCAUAGAAUGGUCUAUUUGGAGUGCUUCACCUACUGAGAAAUGGCCAUUUUGAAUUUAAUUGGAGGGAAAUGUUAUAAACUGCAUAAGCUUUCCCUGCCUGUAGAUCCAAUUUGAGCAGUGAGGGCUGUAACUAAAUCUCCCAUUAAGCAGCAACCUAAAGAAUUGUGGAACUUGUCAGUUAUUAAAUAGUCAACUGGCCUUUCACCAGGUGACAGUGGAAUAUAUAUAUAUAUAUAUAUAUAUAUAUAUAUAUAGCCUGAUAACUUGCUGAAAUUAGUGCUUUGGGUCAUCUAAGGAAUUACAUCAUGAAUUGUUGCGCCAGGUAAAAAUAGGGACUUGUAGAAAGUCACUCAUGGCAACUCUGACCUUUAGGGCAGAUGGAAACCUGUCGGGGUCGUCUAGUGUUGUAUGAGAAAUUCUUAGUUUGUGGUGAUAUUAACGUGCUUAAGAACAGGCAUGAGUACACUAUUCCUCCAUGUUUAUAUGUAAUAUCAGUGUUUAGUUACCUUCGCUUAUAAUGCGUGAUUCACAAGGUUGCUGAGCAGGUCUAAUACUCGAGGUAAAGGUUCUAUGUAUUUGACGAUUCUUUUGCUUACGUCUAUUUUCUUGUGGGCGAGGGGUUUGUGUUGAUCAACUAUUUACAGUAGGUGGUAGAUGUCUGAUUUUACACGCCACUUGUGUUUUUCUCAUUACAUUGUCAGUUUUUUCCGUUUUUUUCCGUUUUUUUUUUUUUUUUUUUUUUGUCAGACACAGGUGAUUUUCAUUACUUAGUCCAAGGGCUAAUGAAAUUAAUUCUCAACAGAAAAGAUGAGUCUCACAGGUUUUGCAGAUAUUGUCCUUGCUGUAUAGUCAUUGACUCUUGACGUUAUUAAUUCUAUUAUAUAAUCUCAUUUGGUGGCCUUAAACGUGAUGUCAUUUAACUGACCUAUUUUUGCAUGCUGACUUUCUCACAAGAAAACUGCAUUUAUACACAUCGUAUGAUCUACUGUCAUUUCAAGAAAUGUUAGCUAAUUAUGCCACAAUGUUUUUCCGCUUAUCGUGGAGGGAAGGGUUUUGCUGUUUCAUUAUAACUAAAUGUUGUUUCUUGGAUUACAGCAUCUAUGUUUGCAGUCAACUACAUGUAUGAACAUGGUCAAUGCUGUUGGUGUGUAAUGCAAAAUAAAUGUAUUUCUCAACAAUG